AUGUCGGAGGCUGAAGAGUUUAGCACUUUUGGGGUGUGGGAUUACGUAGUUUUUGGUGGGAUGCUUUGUAUUUCUCUCGCCAUUGGUUUUUACCAUGGAUGUACUGGUAAAAAGCAAAGCACUACGGAGGAAUUCCUGCUAGCAGACCGGAACAUGAACCCCAUCCCAGUUGCGAUGUCUCUAGUAGCAAGCUUCAUCUCUGCAAUCACAGUAUUGGGUACUCCAGCUGAGGUUUACAUCUAUGGCUCCAUGUUCUGGUUGUUUAGUUUUACUUACAUCUUUGUUGCCAUUUUCGUAGCGAGGCUCUUCAUUCCUAUGUUUUUCCGACUGAAUGUGACGAGUGCUAAUGAGUAUCUGGAGAAGCGCUUUAACAAGGUGGUACGAAUCUGUGGCACAUUGACUUUCUUUCUUUAUAUGGUAAUGUACAUGGGAAUUGUCAUCUACGCCCCCGCUUUAGCACUCAAUGCAGUGACCGGUUUAAGUUUGUGGGGCGCGGUUCUGGCAACUGGGUUGGUUUGCACAGUAUACACUACGGUGGGUGGUAUGAAGGCAGUGCUAUGGACAGACGUAUUCCAAACCUGCGUCAUGAUGGCAGGUUUUCUAGCUAUCAUCAUAGAGGGUUCCUCAAGACUUGGUGGUGUCGGAAACGUCUGGACGAUUGCAGAAGAAGGGGGAAGGAUCGACUUUUGGAAUUUUGAUUUUGACCCGACUAUUCGUCAUACGUUUUGGUCCAUUGUGAUUGGAGGAUCAUUCACGUGGUGUACUACCUUCGGGGUUAACCAGUCUCAAGUUCAGCGCUACAUGUCAACAGGAUCCUCCACAAAAGCAACCAUAGCCUUGUUUAUGGCGGCAUUUGGAAUGGUACUUGUUGUUUCUUCAGCCUGUUUCUCUGGCCUAGUGAUGUAUUCUUUCUAUGCUGAUAAACAAUGCGAUCCUUACUCAAGUAACAAGGUGGACCAAACAGAUCAGCUGAUUCCCUACUUCAUGUUGGAGUUAUUUGGAUCAAUCCCAGGUUUGCCUGGUCUCUUCACUUCAGCAGUCUUCAGUGCAGCUCUGAGCACCGUAUCAUCUGGAUUGAAUUCAUUGGCUGCAGUAACAGCUGAAGAUAUGGUCAAGCCAUGCUUUCCUCGUAUGAGCCAAUCUAGGUACACACUAACAACCAAACUCAUCGGAUUGGGGUUUGGUUUGCUGUGCAUCCUUAUGGCUUAUGUUACUUCUCUUCUCAAUCAGGGUGUUUUGCAGUUGGCACUGAGUCUUUUCGGCAUAACAGGAGGUCCUCUACUCGGACUUUUCAGCCUCGGUCUGUUCUUCCCAUGGAGUAAUUCAAAGGGUGCUGCAACUGGAUUGAUCUGCGGUCUUUCCUUUGCAUUCUGGGUUGGUAUUGGGGCUAUUAUAUACCCACCAUACGCCUAUAAGCCUCCAUUAAUAACCAGCGGAUGUAAUUUUACAUUGACUACAAGCUCCCCGCUCAUGACCACGGAGGUACCCACUGAGCAAGAAAUUCCGAGUAUUGCCAAUCUGUACACAUUAUCCUACUCUUGGUAUGCAUGCGUGUAUUGGCUGGUGACAGUAUUUGUGGGAUUGCUCGUCAGUUUUCUAACAGGGGCAACCAGGAGUAAGGACAUUGAUCCCGUUUUGAGGUCACACUGUGUGGAUGGCUUGUAUUGCUUUCUACCUGAAGUUAUCAAGAAACCUUUGCGAUGUGGGGAUGACAAGUUGAUUGACAAGAAGGAAGACAAAGAAGAGAUGAUGGUAUUGGAUGAGAAGACCGGUAACAUGAUCGGUACUGGUGAUGUCACUAUGGCAACGGAGGACGCCAGUGACGACACCAAAAAGGAAGAUGCUUGUUAUGAGAACCCAUUACCUGUAAAUCCAGUUGCUUAG